GUCGAAUCCCUGAUCAGCGCUACCGAUUUUGGCGUUCUUUUUAUUGGGCAGGUCUAGGAUGACUGACCUAGAUCUUUACAGUGAAAUUGUAGCUGAAGAUGAUGAAAAAAGGCUGGAAUACAUAUGCAGCUUGGAUGUGGUAUCGGAUUUUUCAUGGAAAUUUCUUUAUCGAUUUCAAUACAUUUUUCUUUCUGUUGAGUGGAUUUAUCAUGUCUAGUUUCAAGCAAUAAGAUGUCACGGGUAUCAGUCCUUGCAUGAAGUUCACUCUUACUAAGAAACAGUUUCCGGAAAUAUUUAAAUAUAGAGUAUACGAUGUCGCUUUAUAUAAUUGUGAAUCAAAAAUAGGUCACAUUCUGUGUGCUAAGUAGUGUAUAGGCAGUUAUCCUAUCACAUUUCGUAGAUAAUGAUUAGUUACGCUGAAUAACUUAAAGCUUUUACAGUGGCAGCCAUUAUGACUUUUGAUCUUUAAUUUUUAUGUUACUUGUCGAACACUAAAGGUCGGCAUCGUCUUCUUUUCUUAAAGCCCGAGCAUGUACGUUCUCUCCAAGCCCAAUCUUCAUUAUUAGAAGCUGAAGUUGAAGCCCUAAAUGCACACGUCAGUCGUCUAGAGAAAGAACGUUUGGUUUUAAUCGCCACGAAAGAUCAAAUUACAGAUAACUUCUUCCGCUUAGGACUUGCCUGCCGCAGAGAGAUAGAGAAGUUGAAGUCACAAAUCAAAUUACUCUGCACGAAAUAUAGGGUUCCAGAACCAAGGGCUUUGAGCCAAAAGAACAUGGAUUGUGACACACAAAUAAAUCCUGAGAAGCAGAAUUACUACUCAGAUUUAGUAGCGUAUUUACAUUCCGAUCGUCCACCCAUCAAUAUCUAUUCUGGUAACAGUAUGCCGAACAAAUUUCCUAAUGUUGUUUCAAAGUGUGAUGCAGUUACACAAACUGAACAUGUUAAAAAAUAUAAUUCACGGUCGUCUGGGACUUCUUUCGGUUCACAGUCAUCACGCUCAGUGUCUUCAAGCUCAUCAUCAUCAUCAUCUACGUCAUCUUCCAGUUCUACUAGUCAGGAUCAACCUCCUCGAACUGGUUUAGUUGAAAGUGGACCUUCACACAACUUCACAGACUUAUCGAAAGAUGGUAAACCGCUGCUAUCACAUUCAUUAUCACUAGUUAAUGUUAAUGGAAAUAAUCCAGAGAAUUGUGGAUGCCGCGACUCAGUGACACAUGGAGUGUAUGAAAAAUCCUGUGAACUUAAGCACAGUGGUGCCUUAUCUGGACGUUUACGUAUUAAUAAACGACUAAAUCGUCCUAAUAAGAAGUCUGGAGAUAAAAAUACACCAAUCUAUAAUCCAGAUGAACAACUACCAAUUAUUGACCAAUGUAGGCGCAAAUGUACUGAAACAGUUCAUGAGCAGUUAUUUUCUAAAACUAACUGCUCCCAUCAAAGGAAACCAAAGGACGACAAAAUGAAUGAUAAUGUUGCAAGUCCAAAAAGAAAAACAGACAUAUCGUCACGAAGCAGAACCUUAUCAGUUCGAAGAGCUAGAGAAUUCUCAUCGCCUUUAAAUAAUUGUAUCAGCAAAAACCCUUCUGUCCAAAGCUCUACUUCAAAAGACGUCAGAAUGGUUCGGCAUGUUUCUCCUUGCUUACCUAGACUCACUCAAAGUAAGACUAAUGAAUCUUGUACUGGUCCAGACUCAUCUUCUAGAGGUCAUGUUUCAAAUCACCUUAUCAAAGCAGUUGAAAGUGCCAUACGAUUAUCUCGAGAUCAUCAUGCCGUUCGUAGACAACAUAAUGCAGCCAAUUCUGUCCACCGUAGUCGAUAUUCAAAACAAUUAUUCUCUAACCAUCAAACUCAUACUGAAAUAUCUCGUUUGGAAAGUGGCGAUUGCUCAAGCGAACCCGAAAGACGAACUAGGGAAGCUAGUUGUACACUGUAUACAAAACGUUUACUUUCUAAAGGUGAUAGUACAAAUAUGAUCGUCGAGUCAACCUCACGAGAUCUGAAUGAUUCAUGCCACAAACCAGAUAAAGAAAAUGACCAGUUAACUGCUAAUGAAAAUUCUACACCUAAUGCUUUAAUUCCUGAUUCAUCAAACACCGUUGGUGAUAUUCAUCUUGGUGACUAUUCGGUUCAGGAAAUCGUUCAUGAUUCUAAUGAACCAGUAGCGAACUCUGUCAACCAGUCUGAUCAAUCCUCCAAUCAGUUCCUGCUAAAAAACGAUUCAUUUUCCUCUAUAGAAAACAAAAGUGGUGAAUUAAAUAUUCCAGAAAUUUUGGGACUCACUCCACCUAUUUCUCAUGAUCAAGAUUGUGCUGAAGAUAAAAAUGAUUCACCUAUCACAAGAAAAUUGCCAAUUCAACUGGAAGAUUCAUUCGCUCAUACUAGUAACAAUAGAAGUCGGUCACUCUGUACAAGUUGCCGUUCACAUUCCAGGUCGAACCACUCUCUAACGGAGUCAGACCAUUCUGUUAGAGGAAUAGAAAACCAAGAAGAGGGUGAAGUCGCUGACGACGUGGACGAUGAUGACGACACCGAGGUGUUCAAUUCUUCUUAUGCAACUCGUUCACUCAAAAGAUGUUGGUCUCGUUCAUCACCUGCCAGUAGUAAAACUCCGAAGCUUUCCUCAGACGCACAUGUUAUUGAAUCUAUGAAUGUCCCUAUUUCUGGAAAUUUAAAAAAUAUUUCAGCAUAUCGAAAUAUCGAGAAGGAAAGAUGGAGUAGAAGUUCACAACACUAUUCUGAAAAAGAUGGUUCCAGAAACUCUAGUUCCGGUUUUGUGGAUUUGAGUUUACGAGCAUCUCCUGGAUACGAAAACCAACACUCCUCCAACUUAAAUGCUUCAAAGUUUUUCCAUUCACCAGAAAGUCAUCGUGACCAUGGGUCACGGUAUGCCUCAUCUAUUUCCAGAUCACCUUCAUUCCGAAAUUCUCAUAAUGAACACUAUCGUCAUCAUCCGAAUCGGUCAUCCAACUCUGCUUCUAAAUAUCAUCGUUGUCAGCGUCAUUAUAAAUCCCCAGAGCGGAGUGCCCGAGAUUUCACCUCUGGAAAGCACAGUAGGUCAUCUGUUUCUUCAAAUCAGCCAAGGAGACGUACUCAUCACUCUCCAGUACCACCAAAUAAUCCCAGUUCUUUCCGUCGAUUUGAACGUGAACGAAUAACUCUCCCCAACAGACGGUUUCGUGCUCUAUCUCCGGUGCUAAACAGAAAUAAUUAUAGGAGAAUUAGCAUUAAUUCUUUGAAAGUAUCUGGCCCACGUUUCAGCCGUACUCAUCACCAAAGAAGAUUUUAACCAUAAACGCACAUUACUGUACAGCUUCAAAUCUCACAUCUUUUAUAGCGAAGAAAUCGAACAACAAAUAUAUUAGCUAUUUUUACUUUGGAAGUUAUUCUGUGUGUGUUUCUUUAUUUUUGUUAGCUUCUCAUUCUUGGUUACGUACCAUAUUUUCAAUAAAAAUAAAAGAUUGUACUAAGCGAUGCUGCUACUUGUUUGUCCAGAUGUUCAUGCAUCAGUGUUUAUUUUUCUGUACAUAUUUGAUUAAUUUUUAAUUUUCAACUCUACUGAAAUUUCUGUUGCGUUCAAACAUCGAGAUUUUAUGUAACUGCGUUACACAGGACCCGUCAUAUACAAACAGUUGCG